UGAUCAAAGACGUCGUCGGUUUCGUCUUGAAAGCUGCGACUUCCGCUCAAAAAAGUGACAAUUUCUCUGAUUUUUCAAGCUGCACAUGGAAUAACAACGAUGCUCAUCAAGGAAUACCGUAUAUGCAUGCCUCUGAGCGUGGAAGAGUACCACAUAGGGCAGCUGUACAUGAUAGCUAAACACAGUGAUGAACAAUCUCAGAAAGGGGAAGGUGUAGAGGUCAUCCAGAAUGUGGAGUGCAAUGACCCUGUCCAUGGCAAGGGCAGGUUCACAGAAAAACGGGUCUAUCUUUCAAAUCGAUUACCAGUGUGGAUACAAAAGUUAGUUUCCAGGUUGUGUAGUUACUUCUAUAUAACAGAGAAAGCAUGGAAUUACUAUCCACAUACAAUGACAGAGUACACAUGUUCUUUUGUUCCGAAGUUUUCCAUCCACAUUGAUACGAGAUACGAGAAUAACUCAGGGACCACAGAUAAUUGCCUUAGUCUUUCAGAUACAGAAUUAAGUGAAAGAGAAGUCGUCCAUGUUGAUAUAGCAUACAACAAUGUUCCAGAAAAGUAUUACAAGGAAAAUGAGGAUCCUACAAAGUUCAAGUCAAAAAAGACUGGGAGGGGUCAUUUACAAAAGGAUUGGAGGGAGACCAGUAAUCCUAUUAUGUGUUCCUACAAAUUGGUACGGGUCAAGUUUGAGCUUUGGGGUCUACAGACAAAAGUGGAAAGCUUCGUACAUAAGGCAAUACAAGACAUCCUAUUACUGGGUCACAGACAAGCUUUUUCAUGGAUUGAUGAGUGGUAUGACAUGACCGAAGAAGACGUGAGGAAGUAUGAACAGCGCCUCCAAGCAGAAACAAACAGAAAGGUGCACCAGGGUCUAGAGAGAACGUCGAGUAGAGACUCCACCGAUGCCGGAGACGAUGAUGAAUUCGCCGAUGCUGUCGAGGAUCAAAGCGAUCUCGCUCAAGGAGGAUCAUGAUGACAGUAGAGAUGGCAGGACUCUACUUCCAGUUUCAUAAAGGACAUUACCAAUAAGAGAUUGCACUGUGCACAAAGUAACGUAGAAGUAAGAUGCAUAUUACGAAGCGAUGUCUAUAUUGUAGGAGAAAUUCCUACCAGAGAAAUAUUCAUGUUGAAAGAUUUUGAGUUGAAAUCUUUCCACAUGAGAUUACUCUGUGUACAGAGUAAUAGAGUAUGGUGAUUAUUAUCAAUUGAAAUAAAGAUAUGUUUUCCAGAGAAAUAUAUGAAUAUCAACAUGUUGAGUUGAAAUCUUCAACAUGUUAUGAGAGUAGACUGAGCACAGAAGUUGAAAUUGUUGCAACAAGUUCAGAAAUUGUGCUAUGCACAUGUUAUUAGAGUGGGGGAAGGUUGUGUACUGAAGUGAAGAAAUGUUUUCCAGAGAAAUUAAUAGAUACAGCUGAUGAGAAAGAUCUGUUUGAAUAUGGUGUAGUGUUUAUUUUCAAGAUUGCCGUAUUUUGGGAUUUUAUGAUCAAUGUCAAAUAUGAGGGUGUUUCACAAUGCGAUGCGGUUGCUUGUUGUUUCUUUUCUCAUGCAUAAAUAUUUAUCAGAUUACAUAAUAUUACAUGUUCAGGAAAUUUCAUGUGCUGCACUCAGCCCAGGUGAGGCAAAUAGAUACCUGGCAGGAUUAUUUGCUUCAAUGCAUUGAGCACUGGAAGUGGCAGCUAAAGCCAGGGUAAAUAAUAAGGAAUAAAUCAUGUCUAGAUAGAUAGCACGAUAAACAUUAAAAUCCCCAUUAUUAUCACCUGGAAGAAAUAAAGUGGUCAUAAACAAGUAAGAAAUGUCUAUGUCAAAUUUGCUCCUUAAGACUCUUUCACAAUAGAUCCCUGAUCAGUUUACCACCAUCUACAGCUGUUUUUUCUUGGUGUUGCAUGAUCGAUCGCUUGGUGUCUUGCAAGCACUUGCAGUCGUAGGCGAUCGCAUGAACCUGAGGUGUUUGUGGCUGGUCGCAUCUGAACUCUGAGCAUUGUCAAAUUCAAAAUGCGAUCAAGUAUGAUUGAUUAACUCGCAUUAGAUUCUACAACCAGUAAAACCAGUCGCACCGGUUUCAUUCAAUCGUACAGGUGAUCGAAUGCCUCAAAUCGACUCUCAUGACUAUGCAUUCAGUAGUGCAACAUUGAAUUUUGAGAUUGGUGUAAAACCACUUGUAAUCACUCGUGCAACACUCACGUGUGAACACCGUGCCAUUGGCAUGAGCAUCAUGUGAGUAAAUGCAACUUACGAGUCACUUUUUUUUGUACGACUGCUGUUGCAUUUAUGAAAGCCAUUCUGAUACCUGUUGCAGUCUGUCAUGCAAAAAGGUCGCAAGUGUGCGCAGGCCAAUUGUGUAAGGGGCUUAAACAAUCGUCAUGACCUAUAACAAAAUGUGGGCAUUGAUAUUGUAAUGGUUUUUGGAUAGUAUUUGAAUACCAUACUUAGUCCUAUACCCCUGUUUACAGGUCAUGUACUAUUCUGAUAAAGCUCUUGGCACAAACAGCUCAGUUGCAUACUUUUGCAAAUUUAAUGAGAUAUGAAAAAAAAGCAAGAAACUUUCAUUUUGGGGGUAGGGACUCUCAAGAGUAGAACACUAAUACAUUUAGCAUUUAUAGUUGGGGAAAAUUAUUUCACUAUGUUAUAAACACUCUGACCAAUAUCCAUUGGCUUUGUAACAAGGUAUGUGAUCAAAGUCUGCAAGUCACUGACAAAAGUCUACUUUUGAUGCUUAAUCUUGAAUCCUUUAUUCUGUUUGAUGUGUUUGUAUUUAUGUCAGGGUAAGUUUGCACUAUUGUUGUUCAUGUACGAAUUGCUGCAAUAUUAGCACUUGUCACAAUCAUAUUUAAAUAUGUUUGGCACUGUAUAUUUUGUUGUUACUUUCUCAAAGAUACUAAUUUAGAGGAUAUUUCUCAAGUUAAAUAGCUUAGUUAUCUUUCAGUGUGUUUAAAUCUUACUACAUGUUUCUAAUGUCUUGGGGCAUAAUGUUCACUUUCAAAGUGGACAUACAGGUGUAUUGGUGAGGUGUCUAGGGGAGUGUUUCAUAGAGCUGAUCAUGUUAUGCACAACUUUACACACAACUCAUGACCCUUUCUUGUGCUAUGCUAAAUGAAUAUACACCAAAUUUUCCUGGUUUAAGCAUAUUUGGAGUGCAUUUCUCAUAACCCUAAUCAAAAUUUGUAAACUGAUCAGUUUUCCAUUGAAAUGGGUAUAGCCAUUUUAAUCUAUAAAGGUCAGAUUCAGCUUUAGCUAAUAUGAAUCAAAGUGAUUUAAGUGAUUUAGCACCCAAGAAAGUGUAAUCAGUGGUGCUAGUCUAAAUUUAGCACCCAAUAAAGUGUCAUCAGUGGUGUUAGU